UCGUGCACUUCAGCGUCACGUGUCAUUUAUUUAAACAAUUCUUUGCAAGAGUCAAGGCGCUUGAGUGCAAAUUUGGAGCACUCGAGCACCCUCCGUAUCUAGCUCCUGCCUCGAACCGCUGCUUCGGCGCCAGCUGAGGGUGUUAUCGCUGAAAAAUGGCGUGUUGACGACUGACGUGUUAUCUUCGUGCGUAUGUUUCGAGCCGAGCGGGCAAUCAGUGUGGCACGAAUGGUGAUGCGCUGAGAAAAAAUGUGGCCGCUGCUGCUGCUAGGGCUGCUUGCCCUGAUCGGGCCCCGUCCCGCGGCCUUCGCCAUGGACGCCCUGGAGCGCAGCCAGCUCAGAGAGGAAGCGCGGGACAUGUUUUACCACGCAUACCGCGCUUACAUGGAAAAUGCAUACCCGGCCGACGAACUGAUGCCGCUGAGCUGCAAAGGUCGCGUCAGAGGCCAGGAGCCGUCGCGUGGCGACAUAGAUGACAGUCUCGGAAACUUUUCCCUCACCCUCGUGGACACACUGGACACGCUGGCCGUACUCGGUGACUUUGAGGAAUUUGAACAUGGCGUAAAGCUGGUCAUUCGCGACGUCACCUUCGACACGGACCUUGUUGUCUCUGUGUUCGAAACCAACAUUCGCAUGCUUGGGGGGCUGUUAUCUGCGCAUAUUUUGGCUGAAUACUUCCAACAGCGUGCCGGCAUCAUGUCCUGGUAUAGAGGCGAGCUGUUGUCCAUGGCCAAGGACCUUGGAUUCCGUCUCUUGCCAGCGUUCAAUACAACCACUGGAAUUCCUCAUGGCAGAAUUAAUUUACGCCAUGGAAUGAGGUCUCUGGAGAACUUGAGGGAAACAUGCACAGCUUGCGCAGGAACAAUGGUGCUAGAAAUGGCGGCGCUUUCCAGAUUGUCUGGCGAGCCCGUGUUUGAGGAGAAGGCGCAUCGCGCCAUGGACGUCUUGUGGCAGAUGCGGCACCGCUCGUCCGAUCUGAUGGGCACGGUGCUCAACAUCCACUCAGGGGACUGGGUGCGACGCGACUCUGGCGUCGGCGCCGGCAUCGACUCAUAUUACGAGUACUGCCUCAAGGCGUACAUCCUGCUAGGCGAGGAAAAGUACCUGGGCCGCUUCAACAGGCAUUACGAUGCCGUGAUGAAGUACAUCAGCCAGGGGCCGCUACUGCUUGAUGUGCUGAUGCACCGGCCGCACACCAACUCGAGGAACUUCAUGGACGCGCUGCUCGCCUUCUGGCCGGGACUGCAGGUGCUCAAGGGCGACAUCAGGCCUGCUGUGGAGACCCAUGAAAUGCUCUACCAGGUGAUCCAGCGGCACAAUCUGCUGCCAGAAGCGUUCACCACCGACUUCCAAGUGCACUGGGGCCAGCACCCUCUGCGGCCCGAGUUUCUGGAGUCGACCUACUUCUUGUACCGCGCAACCCAAGACCCCUACUACCUGCAGGUGGGCAAGCACGCCCUGCAGGCGCUGCAAAAGUACGCGAGAGUGCCGUGCGGCUACGCGGCGGUGAAAGACGUGCGUACGGCGGCCCACGAGGACCGCAUGGACAGCUUUGUUCUGGCUGAGACCUUCAAGUACUUGUUCCUGCUCUUCGCUGAGCCGGCCGACCUGGUGCUUGAUCUUGACGAGUUCAUCUUCACCACCGAGGCGCACUUGUUGCCCCUGAGUCUGUCGACCAGUGGCAACGCGUCUGCAGCCCACUUAAAUCCGAGCGCACUCAAAGUUGCGCCACCAAUCGAACCUACUGCUCAGAAUGGCCACGACCCUGACGAACCCAGGACCUGCCCCAGCACGCUGCACUUGUUCCCAGAGUCUGUGCGUCGGCCGCUCAAGAACAUGGUGAACGGAAUGUGCCCCAGAAGGUCGCACCGCAGGAAGUUGCAUGCCGUCCAGUUCCAGGUCGGUAACCCUGAACACAUGAAAGCCGUACGUGACAUGGGCAUAGCAAUAAUCACCCUGCCCGACGGCCGUCUGCAGUUGCUGCACACCUUUGCUAAUGCGCGGUCAGCGUCAGACGCAGAAGAGGGUUUGCAGUUCAUGCAGGAGAUGGUUGAGCUGUCCAAGGCGCAGGCACAGGCGCCGGAUUCGACGCCGCUGACCGUGUCGUACCGCGUAGCCGCGUCAGCGCACACACCCGCCCACAAGGUUGUGCUGACCGCCGGCCCUGCGCACUUCGGCCGAGAGCUCAAGGGCAACGAACGAGUCGUCGCCUCAGUUGCCCUCGCCGAGCCUCUCAGGGUGUGUGCUGCCCUGGAGCAGCCACAAAAACUCAAGGGCCGCAUUGCUGUGAUCGAGAGAGGAGACUGCAUGUUCAUUGACAAGGCGCGACGAGUAGAAGCUGCAGGAGCAGUUGGAGCCAUCGUGCUGGACAACACGGGUGGCUCAUCGUCUAGUACCUCGUCCAUGUUCGCGAUGUCUGGAGACGGCACCAAUGAUGUGCACAUUCCCGUCGUCUUCCUGUUCCAGCAGGACGCGCUGCAGCUGCUGCAAGCCGUGUCGCUUGACCCCGAACUUGAGGUCACCCUGCAAGACUCGAAGAACAGCGCCAGCAGCGAUCCACUGCUCGCAGAGGCGGCUGAGGCCAUGGACGCGCGCCUCCUUGACUCAAUCCUUGACAGACUCAAAGGUUCUGUGAAUGACUUCUUGUCAAAGCAGCAUGACCAGACCAAGGUUGACGAGUUCAGAAAUGAGUACGCUCAGCUUUUCGAGCAACUAGUUUGGGUGAACUCAAUUGAGGAAGGAGAUGACGAAGACGGCCACAUUCGAACAAAGCGGGGUCGCAGCAGGAAUCUGGAUCCUGACGGCCCAUCGGAGGAGCCUAAAAGCACCAAGGAGCCCAAAGAAGAGUUGUGACGUGGGCGGAUGGCGCCGGACGCCUCUUUUCACUGUGAUCGUGUCCCUCUUGGCAACGAACUGUGCCCGGCGAAAAUCAAUAUUCCUUAGUUGAUAAGCGAAAGACUCGAGUGGGUGAGUUGUUAAAUGAUAACUUAUUAAGAUGCAAAAUAUUGAAGCGACUAAGAUUUGGCUCAGUGGCAAAUAAUAAAAUAUUUUGUGAUAAUA